AUGGAAAAAAUUAAGGACAUCAACGACACCAAAGAGUUGUGGAAAGUGGCGGUGAGAGUUUCCCAUAAAUGGAAGGUAGUCUCCAACAACAAGGAGCACUUUGAGAUGAUAUUUGAAGACAAAGAGGGUUCUGAUAUCCACGUUGUUGUUCCAACUGCAUGCACGGCCGCAUACACUGAGAAGUUUGAGGUGGACCGGACCUAUACUGUGUCUAAUUUUUCUGUGCAGCCUAAUAACUUAGUUUUCAAACCAAGCUCCCACAAGUUCUUAGUGAAAUUUACUGGAGGAACUGCUGUUGGUGAUGUUGACAAACAUGACAUACCCCCCAAACCACGCCCCUUCACCAGUUUCCCUGACAUCAUUAACGGGAACUUUCAGAAGAAUGUACUCAUUGAUGUUAUUGGUAUGCUCGAAAGUGUUGGGUAUCAACAGACGCAAAUUGGUGGGAAAAAGUUUCAGGCUAAUUUCUUACUCCGAGAUGCAAGCAACAACACCCUAAAUUGCACCCUCUGGGAAGACUAUGCUAAACAGUUUUUUAAGUUUAACGAGGACAACUCUGCGACAACUGGGCCGAUUGUUAUUAUGAUUCAGUAUGCUAAAGUAAAAGAAGCUGGUCAAUACCCUCUCUCCGUUACCAACACAUUCCAUGUUACGAAGCUUCUUAUCAACGCGGAUUUGCCGACUGUCAAGGACUUCGUUAAAACAUUCCCAAAGGAAUCGUUGCGCGUCGUUUCUACGCAACUGAUCUCUCAGUCUCAACAAUACUCCCGCACAUCCACAAAUGAUAAUAUUGGACAAAGUCAUCUGCAGAAAUUGCUCAAAGGGGCUAUUUCUGUAUCACUUAGUGAGAUGAAGAAAAUCCGCGAGGUAAAGAGGCGUAAAUCUGAAUUAUAA